CCAGAUCCUGAGCAAAGUAUUCAAUCGCACUACGCGGUUUCUCAGGACUUCUUGCGUCUCUACUAAGUGCUUACGUGUCAGGCACGACUUUGCCUUACCCCCCGCGGUGUCAUGAUGUGAUUCCUGCGUCUUUAGAAUGGUGUACAAAAUCCGCGUCCGUAUCAUCGACACGACGCCUGUGAAGUUCUCUGUUGUGGAGAAGAGCGUAUGGUACCAUGUCGGCGGGACGUGGUCCGAGUGCGAUGGAAUCCACACCAUUACUAUGAAUGGCAUCGGCUCUUCCGGAGCACUUCGCUUCUCGAAUGCACAUAACGAGUCAUUCAUCGUGGUGGCAGGCUUGAUGGGACCGGGUGAACAGCAUUGGUCUGCUAUAGUGACCGAUCUCGGCGUUGAUCAUACGGCGCUGUGGAUCCAUCCCGGCUUCUAUGGAGAAGUCAAGCACCCUUGGACGAGCGAGAAGGAGGAAACCAAGAGAAGCGAGAAGGGCACGCAAGUCACCACCAGACUUGUGGCCCAGGCGGGAAACGAGUACUUCCUGCAUGUCAUUAUUUAUGCAUCAGAUUCAGACGUACCUCGACCAAACGUCGUUAUGAAAAUUUGUUUUUGAUGGCAU